AUGAAAAAACUUAGCCCGGCACAGCGUCUACAAAUUAUUCAACUGUAUUACGAAAAUCAGCGUUCUGCUAGGAUUGUUUUUCGUAAGCUUAGACAAACUUAUGGUCAGCAUAACCGGUCUACCGAAAGCACAAUUCGCUCUACAGUUAUACAAUUUUCUUUAUUGGAUAACACACGACCAAACAGACCACAUCCAGAAUGUAGUGAAGAAAAUAUAGUGGCGGUAGCUGGAAUUGUAGCCGUGAUGAAUCGAUUCGGCGCCGUUCUCAACAGCUUGGCUUGUCGUAUGCAACGACUUGGCGUAUUUUGCGGAAAGAUCUUGGCUUAA